CUGCAGGCUCUCUGGAUGCAGAAGCCGGACUCACUGCAGAGGCAGCUGUGCUGUUCCCGUAGCUUCUGGGGUGCGUCCUUCUCUCAGGGUUCGCCCAGGCAGGCUCCAAGUUCCAGGGGCACGCAAGGUGGGUGCCUUCCCUUCUGGGUGCUGACAACAGAGCCUGCCUUCCCUCUGCCACCAUGAGCGGCUGCUCCAAAAGAUGCAAGCUUGGGUUCGUGAAAUUUGCCCAGACCAUCUUUAAGCUCAUCACUGGGACCCUCAGCAAAGACAUCGCCUGGUGGUAUUACCAGUAUCAGAGAGAUAAGAUUGAAGACGAGUUGGAGAUGACCAUGGUUUGCCAUCGGCCUGAGGGACUGGAGCAGCUUGAGGCCCAGACCAACUUCACCAAGAGGGAGCUGCAAGUCCUUUAUCGAGGCUUCAAAAAUGAGUGCCCCAGUGGUGUGGUCAAUGAAGAAACAUUCAAGCAGAUCUACGCUCAGUUUUUCCCUCAUGGAGAUGCCAGCAUGUAUGCCCAUUACCUCUUCCACGCCUUCGACACCACGCAGACGGGCUCCGUGAAGUUCGAGGACUUUGUAACCGCUCUGUCAAUUUUACUGAGAGGAACCGUCCAUGAGAAACUAAGGUGGACAUUUAAUUUGUAUGACAUCAAUAAAGACGGAUACAUAAACAAAGAGGAGAUGAUGGACAUUGUCAAAGCCAUCUAUGACAUGAUGGGGAAAUACACGUAUCCUGUGCUUAAAGAAGACACUCCAAGGCAGCACGUGGACGUCUUCUUCCAGAAAAUGGACAAAAAUAAAGAUGGCAUCGUGACUUUAGACGAAUUUCUUGAAUCCUGUCAGGAGGAUGACAACAUCAUGAGGUCCCUCCAGCUGUUCCAAAAUGUCAUUUAA